GAUAGAAAAUGGAGAACACGCGUGGACCCAUGGGACACGCAUAAUGCACCCACGGCAACCUCCCACCCGACCCGCAAAAAUCCCUUCACACGUUCCCGUCCCGUAAGAAAACAGAACGAAACGGGAAAAGGGAAAUCAAACCCCCACAAAUUCCUGAAUCCGAUCUCUUUCAUCGUCGCCGGAAUUUGAUAAUUUUCCGUUUAUGUGCCGGAAAAUAUGAACGAGAAGGCCAACGUAUCCAAAGAGCUUAAUGCCAGGCACAGAAAAAUACUGGAAGGGCUUCUUAAAUUGCCAGAGAAUAGGGAAUGUGCUGAUUGCAAAGCUAAAGGUCCCCGAUGGGCUAGUGUGAAUCUAGGCAUCUUUAUAUGCAUGCAAUGUUCUGGAAUCCACAGAAGCCUUGGAGUCCACAUAUCGAAGGUGAGAUCUGCUACACUGGACACAUGGCUUCCUGAACAAGUUGCAUUUAUCCAGUCAAUGGGAAAUGUGAAAUCAAAUAGUUACUGGGAAGCAGAACUACCUCCAAACUAUGACAGAGUUGGCAUUGAGAAUUUCAUUCGGGCAAAGUAUGAAGAAAAGAGAUGGGUUGCUAGAGAUGGAAUACCGAAUUCACCUUCUAGGUUGCAAGAAAAUAAAGCUCCUACACAGUGGCAGAGACCUGCUGAAAGAUCUGGAGGCACCAGCUAUUUUGAAAGUCCGUCUGAAGAAAAGAAGAGCUUUCAGGCACAUGGUACAAAGAGCAACAUCCAUGCUACAAAAACCGGUAGUACAAAGAGCAACAUCCCUGCUACAAAAACCGGUCUUCCUGUGCCUCCGAAAGGAUCUGAACCUGUGAUACGGAAAGCUGAGGCUGAGACGACAAAGGAGGUUGCUGAAGCUGUCUCUCCUCCUAAAGUUGAUGUUGCUACUGAUCUUUUCGACAUGCUUUCUAUGGAGGAUGGUCCUGCUGAGAAUGGUUCAGAAGCAGCUCCAACGGAUGAUAAUUUAUGGGCAGGAUUCCAAACUGUUGGAGAAAAUUCAUCUUCGGAGACAACAGGCCCUUCGGAACCUGUAGAUAAUAAGGCCAAGUCCACUUCUGAAAUUGAUGAUUUGUUUAAAGAUUCACCUCCAAUCUCACAACCUAAUGCAUCAGAUAAGCCUCAGAAGGAUGUUAAAAGUGAUAUUCUGAGCCUUUUUGAGAAGGGCAACACAACCACACCAUAUACUCUUCAUCAGCAGCAACUUGCCAUGCUAGCACAACAGCAAUCCCUACUUAUGGCAGCUGCAUCUACAUCAGGUGGUUUGCCUAACUUUUCUGGAAAUGGGCAACAGCCAGUGCCGAGUGGUGCAAACUUGCCUAAUCAAAACUGGCUAAAUGCUGGUAACCAAAUUCCGGGAAUGAUGAUACCAGCUGUUAGAAAAGAGGAAGUGGAAAAAUAUUUGCAGCAGAUAAGAAACAUGGCAGCAGCAAAUUCAGGUGGGAACUCAGCUCAGAUACCAACAUCCAGCUUUUACACCAUGGGACCACAAGUUGGUACAAACGAGAUGCCGCUUCCUGGAGCAGCAUUACCGGGAGCAACAACGCAAAACGCUUAUUUGAACAACGCAGGGUCAUCUGGAGCAUCAAAACCGCAAUCGGCAACUCUUCCGGUAUCAUCUGGAUCUUCUUCUUCUUCUUCACAGUCUUCUGCCAAAGACUAUGAUUUCUCAUCAUUGACCCAAGGGAUGUUCUCAAAACCAUGAUAUGCAGGUUUUAUAUAUAGUAUAAAUACCAUAUAAAAGUAAUUUAGAUAGAAAAUACAGAUAUUGGCCUAUUGGAAUGUAAACUAAUUGUAGAAAAAGAACUCGAUUUUCAGUU